AUGCAACCAGAGCCCUCAAACGCUUCCCAGAACACGCUGUCCCCCGAACUUUCUCCCCAACACCCCGCCAUCACCUCCCAGCAUGGCCUUCAGGAUCGCGACCGGCAGCUCUCCCUGCUUCCCCACUACAAUGGGGAACCGGGUGAGCCAGCGCUUUCGGGAACCGCAGCAGAGCACGCGUCGCGCGAGUCAAGUCGCGACUGCGACUCCGACGCCGCCCCUGGACUGAAACCCGCGAGCCCUCCUCCCAAGAACAGGAUCACGGACUAUGAGAACGCAUUAGUGCAGACACCCAGGAAACGUAAUCAAGGACCAGCAUUUGAGGUCAUCAAGUCCACCAGGAGACCGGACGAUAAAAGUUGUUCAAUUGCCAAGUUACCCAAUGAAGUAUUGACGCACGCUCUCUCUCAUUUGUCACCGCACGACCUUGCCGCAGUAUCUCUUGUCUCGAAGCGCUUCAAUGGCCUGGUCACGACGCCUCAUGCCUGGCGCGAAGCGUUCAGUCGCUACUUUCCUGGGCCUACAGCUCUUGUCGAUGAGGACGUGCGAUUAGCCAUGGAAGAGGCUGGCGACAGCUUCCGCUCCGAGAAACGCGCCUUCACGCGUCUCACUGCGCUAUCUUCGUGGCGUAGCGAAUAUAUACUACGGACCCGACUUCUGCGCUCGCUAGCCAAAGGUAAACCCGUCCAGGUAGAAUCUGCAACUGCUGCGCGCUCCGGACAAUCGCAGAACAACAGUCCCGUAAACAUUUACAACGCCUUCACGUAUACCACCGUCAAUCACCUGCACGCCACAUUCGGCACCGGUCUGAAUAAACGAAUCCCUCGCCUGAUACACGGAGCAGAUGAUGUGGGCAUGUGCACCAGCAGUGACCCAACCAUCACUAAGGUCGAUCCAUGGGGCCAGAGCGACCCCAACUUCUACUCUCAAUUCUCCGAACGCUUCCCUGGCGUUGCCGAAUGGGGUCUAGGGUCUGGUGAAGUGAUCGGCCGACCUAAUGUCAUGGACGUGUCCCAGCAAUAUGGCAUGCUAUACGGCCAGGGUUGUCCUGAAGGUUCUUGCUACUAUCGAGCUACAGACGAGCAGCGAGGUCGCUUCAUUGCCGAACCCACCGACUUCUCAAUGCCUGAAGCAGGUAUACCCAAGCUUGGUAUCGACGGCGGCGCCAUCUGCAGCGUUUGGAUUGCCAAAUCAGACGUCAUCCCCAAACUGACUGAUGGUUUGAUCGGUGUGCUUAUGGGUUCUGCAGCCGGUGUUGUAUCGGCAUGCAGCCUUGGCUCUGACGGGUUGCGCGGUACCCGUAUCCAACGCGGCGAACUUGCAGCUCGCUGGGUACUUAGCCCUGGAGUUCCUAUAAUUGCGAUCGCUGUCGACGAGAACUACUCUCAUCAGCGCCAGACCCAGAACCGGAUCUGGGCCGUAGCUCUCAAUGCUUUGGGUGAGCUGUUCUAUCUGACCAAGUUCCCUACCCGAAGCCAAGCUCCAAAGAACCAGUUCAAUGCGAACUAUCCUGAAUAUCUUGGCUGGCUUACUGGUCGGAGCGUCUACUGGAACCUCGUCGAGCCUAGUAGACGUACUGCGAGGCCUGACCCUUACAAAGAUGUGGAAAUGGACGGAAGCUACUCGCCAAGAAGCUCGUGGGACGGCAUGUGUUUGGGCAAAGAUCAGAUUUUGGCUGAGACCAGAGAGAUCCAACAGUUCAUCUCCAAGUUGCCAAAAGAGUUCCGCAAAACCUGCCUUGGGUGGGAUAUGCGUAGACGCCUUGAGGUCGACUUUGCAGGCGACGAUGGUAACUACGCUGGAGAAGCGAUGGUCAUUAUCGAAUGUGGGCUUGAGGAGGGUGAUAUCGCCAAGCUCACUAGAUUCACGCGCUGGAAGACUCGUGAAACCCCCAAGAGUAGUAUGCAAGGAACUUCGGGAGCCUCUCAACAAGCAUCUCAAAAUACCUCAUUGUUUGGCGGAUCUGGCGCCGCUACUCCUGAUCUUACACAGCAGCGCCUACCCCAUCGGCCGCGUAGUCAGUCAUACGCGUCUGACAACAGCUCUCCUGAGCGUGUCAAUCUUGUCGAGGAAUGGAGAACGUCAGAGCUGAGCCUCGGUGGCCUAAAGGUUGUAGAGAUCGCUACCAGUGCUAUCGAUAGCUCUAUCUUUGCUACCAUGACCCUAUCUGAAGAUCCCGCUUUUGGCUACUCAACUGCAUCAACAGCCUCUUCGCCUUACGCCUCGCCCAUGUCGGUGGCUAGUCGACCGGCAUCACCUUCAGACAUCCCGGGUCAACGUGCUCGCUUUGUUGCUGCAGGCACAAAGACGGGCGAAGUCCUUCUGUGGAAUUUACGCGCUCCUGUCUCACGCAGCGCCGAGUACCCGAACAACGUUCAUCCUGUCCGUAUCAUCUAUACACAGUCUCCCGAGAUCAGCUGCCUUGCUCUGACAGCACUGCAUAUUGUAGUCGGUGGUUACGAUGGACUUGUUCAAGCUUGGGAUCCUCUCGCCUCAGAUACCAAGCCUGUUCGUACACUGCAUUCUCGCCAUGCUAGUAAAGCUCGCAGACGCCUCCAGCAAGCCGAAGCUUCAAUACAGGGUGUCGGUGUGAACAUGUACGCAGCUGGUGCCAUCGUGCUCGACCCUGACCCAACAAUUCUGCGUGGAGCGGUCUCUCUGGGUAACCAGAUCCGCUACUGGAGCUAUAGCUCUUCGGCCGCCGAUCAAUACAAGAGCAGCAAGCGCCGUCUUCGCCGUUCCGAACGCGGAAGCAAUAACGCGGGCGAGCGUGUCAUAGGCACCACUCGCCUGAAUCUAAAGAACUAUAUCGAGAAUGAGAAACACGAGCUCGAGCGCGAGAAGAUGGAACGUCGCAAGCACGCAGAUCGCCUAGCCGGCCGCUUUGGCGUCGACCUUCUAGAUGACGAAGACGAGGCGCUGGCCUACGCCACGUUGCUCUCGCAAGAAGCCAUGCAGCAGGACGAAGCAAAGCGCCGGGAAAGCGAGAGCAGUUUCGCUGUUAGUAGCAACACUGUCACCCCGGAAUCCAGCGUCGCACACUCUACUAAUUCGCCCACCAUGGCCAUCGAUCCCGAGCUCGACGCCGACAUUGCCGAAGCCAUCCGUCUGUCUCUACAAGACAGUCCCACGUCUGGCAUCUAUGAAUCGGGGUCGCCUACUCCGGAUGAGGAAUGGGAUAUCCCCGUCAAGUACGCGAGGGGCAAGAAGAAAGGCAGCCCGACGCCGGCUGGCAGGGUGGGUGGAGCAUCAGGCUCAAGCAAGGCCGCUGAGAUGGAUGAUCUUGAGUUUGCGCUGCAGCUGAGCCUUGCAGAGGAGGCGAGCAGGAAGGAGGUGGAAACUGGUGACGAUGCGUUUCCGCCGCUGAGUCCAAGGGCUGGUGGUGGGAAGGGCAAGGGCAAGGGUAAGGCGACGUGGUGA